AUGCCUGUAACAAUUCUUGAUGGUAAUGAUAUUGACGACCUCAAGGAAGCCAUUAAAGAAAAAUGUGAAUAUGGAAUAGCAAGUUUAACGUCUGGCAUAGCAGGACUUCAACUUCAAGAUAAGCAGAUAUGGGUACGCUAUAAUGAUGAAUACAUCUCUAUCAAACAAAGUAGUUUGGAGGACCUGGCGGUAUCUAAUGUGGAUGAUCUGAAGGUGAUAAUCAAAAAUAGAUUUAAACUAUCAGGAAAUAUCACCAUUCGCAGUGGGAGUGAUAACUUGAAGAACAGUGAACUUGUCACAGGAUUAUAUAAUACGAAAGAUAAUACAUUAGAGGUUAUAGUCAAAGAAAAUGAUGAUGAUGGCUCUCCAAGCGAUGAGAAAGGAGAAGAAGACAAAACUAUAUGCCCUUAUUUAACAAUCAUUCAAAGCUCCGGUUCUGGUAAAUCACGUUUCGUGAGGGAACUGAGAACUAAGAGAAUCUUUGUUUUGUAUAUCUGUAAACGUAAUGAGACUAGUACCGGAUACUCUGCCUUAACACCUUGCGUUCAACAAAUUUUUGAAGCAAUUCAUAAUAAUAAAUUUGGUAUUCUUUUAUCACUGGCAAUCAAACAAAUUAAAACUAAAAAUUGGAACGAGGGAGAGUUUUGGAGUAUUCAAAUAAAGGUUGAACAUAAAAGUGAAUGUAGAGAUUUCUGGAAUAGUAUCUUUAAAUCGGAAAUCUCUGUGGUUUGUUGUAUUGAUAAAGCACACACGUUGCUUGCAAAACAUACUGAUAAUGAGACCUAUUUUGUUCAAUGGAUAUUUUGUUCAAUGAAGAACACUAUAUUUGCCAGAUCGCAUGAUUUUAAAGUAUUUCCCGCAUAUUUGGAUGUUAAUACCAUGGAUGUAUUAGCAUCACUUGCUGAAAAUGCUAAUAAGAAUUAUAAUCCCAACAGAAUAGCAUAUCUAGGAAUUCCCUUUGGGGUUCUCUUACUCAAGCGGAUCAAAAACGACAAAGAUUAUCUUGCCAACCUUACAUGUACAGCCUGUACCCUAGCUCUUAAAGUUUCCCCUCGAAUUGCAGAAGUAGAUAGCCUGAUAGCAUCCUAUAUGGCAACUGCUAUAGAAGCUUCACUUGAUCGUACAAGUAUUCUUUGCACAUAUCCCUCUGAUCCCAUUCUUGCAUCAGGAGCACUGAAAGGAAUUAUUGAGGUUGGUUGGGAAAACAGCUUAGACACACUGUUGGAACUAUUUAGUCGUGGGGUAGUAGAAGCAGGAGAAAGAGGAGAACUUGUUAAUUGCAUCAUAUUUUUGAAAGCAUAUGCUGAUGCUAUAAAUAAACGUUUUUCUGAAGAACCACUUACAUAUUUACAAAAAGUUCCUUUAAAAUUAUUUUUGAAGUCUUUGUUAUAUAAUGAAGUGGAGGGUCUUGACAAGCUUCUUAAAGAUAUGAAAAUACAUGAUGCAGAAAUUAGCUUUAAUCAUUGGACAUCUUUGUUAGCUACUAAUAAGAAUUAUAUGCCAUUAGGAUUUUACGAUAUUGAUCAUAUUAUUCCUUUCAAAUACUCUGCUGGUUAUGAUAUUACUUCUUUAGCAAAUCUGCAAACUGCUUUUAGUGAGAAAAUGAGUGGUUAUAAGGUUCUAAGUAUAUAUAUUGAUCUUGGUUUAGAUGAUGCAACUGUGAAAAUGAAGAGUAAAGUUACUAUAGAAUUACGAAGUAAUACUGCUCCAAAAG